AUGGGGAGAAGAAAGAUUGAGAUCAAGGCUAUCAAGGAUGAUAGGAAUCGUUCAGUGACCUUUUUGAAGCGCAAAGGGGGUUUGUUCAAGAAGGCGCAUGAGCUUUCCGUUCUCUGUAACGUCGAUGUCGCGGUUAUAAUAUUUGGCAGCAAUAAGAAAUUAUACGAAUAUUCUAGUGGUGAUAUUGGAGAGUUUAUGACAAGAUAUCAAUACUAUGGAGGAGCCAACGAACACAAAGGGCCUGCCGACUAUUCGGGCAAAGGAAAGGGGAUGGAUGAUGACGACGAUGACGAUGAUGGAUCUCCGCCUUCCCAUCACGGAUCAGUUGAACCAAUGAUGCCUCCUCAAUUUCAACACCAACCAUAUCAACACAUCCGCCAUCAUACUCCAUCUGCCUCGCCUCCAAUUCCAAAUGGUGUCUUUCCACAUCUUCAACAGCAACAACGGCAACAUACGCCACAACCUGGAAUGGGAUCCCGUCCAUCAUCUAGAAAUGCUCCACGAAGACAAAGCUCCCUUGUACCGCAGCAUCCUCAUGGCCCUCCUACCAACGGACAGUUCGUGUAUGCGCCAAAUCCAUCACCUUACAACCCCCAAAUGACACCUGGUCUGCCACCACACGCGCAUGGGCUUCCGCAGCACAUACAAGGCCCCCCGCAAGGGAUUCCUCAUCCACAUCAAAGUCCGGGAUCACAAUACACACACUUUGCACCGCAGCAGCACCCGCAACACCUCUCUCAACACCCUCAACAGCAUAUGCAACAGCAUCCACAACAUCCUCAGCAACAUCCCCAUCAACAUCCCCAGCAGCAUCCUCAACAGCAUCCUCAACAGCUACAUCCACAACAGCAUCCACAGCAACUGCCUCAACAUCCUCACCCACAGCAGGUACAGCAGCUAUACGUGGAGGAGCAAAGAAGGUCUUCGGGACCGCCACCAUUCCCACCACAGGAAAGGCCUGCAUCCUCACGCGCAACUACUUCUCCUCCACAACCGCCGCAACAACAAAUGCCGCAACCUCCACCGCAACCGCAGCCGCCUCAACCAUCACCAGAACAGCAGCAAACACAAUCACAAUCGCAGAUGCCAGACCCGGUCAAGCGUUUAGCUGGAAAAUCUAGAAGUAUUUUCACGCCAAUUGAUGAGAGCCGAUCGAUCCUGUCCCAGCACUGGGCAAGCUCAACUUCCAAUACUGAUACCGUAAAGGAAGAACCCACUGAUCGAUCCCAAUCCGUAGAUGUUACAGUAAAUCGUAUAAAGCCACCCUCGCCACCUCAGAGAUCACAAACGCAUAACAAAAAUCGGAAAAUAUCCAUGUCAUCCUUACCAGAUGGGUUCACGCCACCAUCUCGUACGAACAGUGCUCAGUUGAGUGUUGGUGGUGGUAAGAGGCCUGUAUUGAAAGUGCAGAUUCCGGAAGAGGCAUCGGACAACGGUGGAUCUGCCACUGCGGAAGAUCUCUCUUCCCCAAGAUCUGCGAGUGCCGCCAAUCCUCAGGCGCGUCGCAAUGGCGGUGAUCAUGGCGGAAUGGUACUACCACCACCUUCGCCUUCCGCCUCGGCUCUAUUGUCAGCCGGCGCAUCGGGGCCACCUAAUCCUUUUGCAAGACCGCAUCCUGUUACACAACCUUCUCAAGGAUCCAAUGCAAGCGGGAAUAACAGCAACUCGAACAACAGUAUAAUAGAAAACGUGACACCGGUCUCAGCUCUUCCAUCGCGAUUCAUGAACAACGAAUUCCUCCCUAGUCCUUCGUCAUUCUUUGGGAAUCCCAGUUGGGAUUACGGUAGAGGUGGUGACUCGAACACAUUACCUAGUCCGCUAAACUUUGCAACUCCUGUUGUGGGCACAGGUCCAAGUUUUCUAAGAGACGAUAAUGGUGAAAGGGGCGGUAAACGAAAGACCCCUGAUCAAGAUGAACACCUAGAAAGUGGAGAUCAAAAAAGAGCGAAGCAUGAAGGAUAA